CGAAGAGAAAUCUGGGAAGGAAGACGGGCAGGCUGAAUUUUCGCAGACUUUACAUUCUUAGCAAACUCCUGAAGAAGUCGAUCAAAAUUUUGGUUGUUGCUUAUUUGAAGCAAUGGCUUCUUGUGGAGGUCAACAAAGCAAAGACGACAUGCCAGCAGGAGAAAAUACGAAUUCAGGAUUGCGGCAGCCAAAGGAAGAGACAAUAUCUCGUCUGCUAAAUAACCAUGGGGGAGGUCAGACGAAAGCCUCCAACUUGUCUGCAAGUGCUCCUGAAUUUGUUCCCAGAUUUGGUGGAUCAUCAGGUCGAUCUGGCUAUAAGCCCCCCACACUGUCCGCUUCCGCCCCUGUGUUUGUGCCCAGACAGCAGAUGAGUGCUGAUGUGUACUCACAACCUCAGCAGAUUGACUAUGAUCCCGUCCUGGAGGAAUUCAAACAGACAUUGAGGAUACUGAACACCAGUCCCGGCAAUGUGGAAGAGUACAUGCGACCCUUGUGCGAGAAGUUCAGACAUGGGGUCACCACUUCUGAACACCUCGCAGAGAUAAUUGACGUAUUAUUUCUCCAGAGUGUUGCUGAGGCCAAUUUUCGAUACACAGGGGCCAGAAUAUGUCAACAGAUAUGCAGCAGACUCAAAGAUCACGCUUUGUUCAAUACAUUCAGGAAUGCCUUUUUGAAAAGAUGUCAGAAACAAUAUGAAAAACGAGAGCUGCUGGUCACGCUUCCAGACAAACUUGAUGAACUGACUGGUUUCACGUUAUUUAUGGGGGAAUUAUUCCUAAACUUGGAGGUUCCAUCAACAGAUGGAAGAACAACGAAGAUGAAAAUCCUUCCAAAUAUUUUGAAAGAUCUGGUUCUCACAUUGUUAUCCCAACCUGGCAAAGAGACAGUCAAGUGUUCCUGUCAAUUGCUCAAGCUUGUUGGUGCAAGCAUGGAGGACAUGAUGGAACCAGCUGAUCAUUUCGAUGAAGUAUUUUCUCAAUUACAACUCGUUAUGCAAUCAAGGUCGCUAGAAGAAAACACCAAGUUCUUAAUCAAAUCUGUAUUGAACCUAAAGCUGUCCAAUUGGGGGCGGCCUGAAUCUUCAUCAUCAUCACAAGGUGGCGACUCAGAAUUCAAUGGGUCCGUGUCUCAUGAACUGUUACAGAAUGAGCCAGUGUUUUACAAUGCCAGUGGUCAGACCAUCACUCGAGAGGAGGCAGGAUUCUACAAUGAGGAGGUGGAAGAUGGAGAGUAUAUUCUCAAUGAAGAUGAAGAGCAAGCCUUCCUGGAGUGGCAGGCUGAAUCCAACGAGGGAGUUCACAAUGACGCUUACAGUAGUUGGUCCAACAAUGAGGACCAGACAUACUUUGGAUAUUAUGCUAAUGAUGAUGAGAUGGAUGAUGAGACAGAAGCAGCUUAUGAAGAGUUCCUGAAGCAAUCACAGAGACAGGGGGGCUACCACUGACAUCCGCACAGCCACACACUCCUCUCAUGGAUGUUAGCCUACUUAUAGUCACUGCUUGGUACGGAUAUCGGCAGAUGGAGGUCACCUCAUGCUGCACAUGGUUUGUGUGACCUGCAACAUUUAGCUUUGGAUAUGGGAUUUUACACUCAAAUGGUGCAUCUAAAUACUGAAAUAUGUUUUGAUUGAUUAUGCAAUGAUGUAUCUGUUACGAAUAGCAGAUUCUUAUUAACGUAUUAAUACAUUGAGAACAUUCAGGCAUAACUGGCGAGAAUAUUGUACAAAGAUGGAUUUCCCAUCUCCAGGAUUGUUGGGCAGAAAAUCAAACCAUGUGCACAGGUCAGAAAAGUGUCCGGGGAUGUGUGAAAAGGUGAAACAUUGAUGUUAUUCAAUUACUGUGAAUGUUUGUCCAAAAAUAUCAUCUAAAAUGCCUUUCACGGUACAAAAAACUGCCAGUAACGGAAGAAAUCAUGUCAUUCUAUACAUUACCUCAUCGCCUCAUCCUAAUAGUUUCAUAUUCAUGCCAAAAUGUUGUUAAUGAACUGCAAUGAUGGACUAGAAGGGAAUUUAACAUUUACAGCAUUUUUGUGUUUCCCUUGCUAUAUGUAGAACUUAUUUGAGUACAAGACUAAAUGCCUUAUGCUUAAUCCAAAUUUAUCAAAUUCAGGUCUUUCAGCCUAGAGAAUGUGAUAAGAUUUUGUACCGUAACAUGGAAAGUGUGUCAUUCUAAAACUCAACACCAGCAUGAUUAUACUUUCAACAUAUGAUUAUUUGUGUAUAUGUGAAAUAUGAAAAAAAGAUUUGUUUUGUCUUUGUCCAUCCAUGUUUUUGUGUUUGAGGAAAUAGAUAUUUAAACCUUCAAAGAAAAUGCAUCAUUCUAAUUUUAAUCAAUUUCUUGUCCUGUUUAGGACAUAAACACUUUCAUAUGCGAUAUUUUAUGUGGGUGCAAACCGUUGUGUUUUGAACUUUAGGCAACUGCAAAUAUAUUUAUGGCAAAAAGUGCUAUCAUGGUUGUGUAAUUUUCAUGGUCAAAAUUAUGAACCAGUGUAAAACACGAAUAAUUAUCUCGGUCUUGUUCCAGUCUCAGUAUCCACACUGAGCCAUCCAUCAUUCCAUGUGUUGCAUACUUGUGUUGUUUCUUUCUUACUGCAUGCUUUAUCGGGGAUACUAGCUGACAAUGUUUUAUUGCCUGAAAGGCCAUAUAGUUUGAAGUGUACAUAAUUGUAUUCAGUGUUUAGUUUUUUCAUAACUCAAUUGUUUCACCUGAGCAUGCAUCAUUGCCAUCUAUUUCAAUAUCAUUGACCAAAACAUUCGAUUCAAGUUUCUUGUUUACCAUACUGUUAUGUCAUAUUUAUCAAAUUCCAUAAUCCAUCCAAGUUUGCUUUGAUGACCAUAAUACACAGUGACAUUCUGAGUUUUAAUUAACGUUUUUUUGACGAGUUCAUAUGCUUCAAUGGCAAUCUUCCACUGGAAACAUGCGUUGGGGCUUUGUUCCAUGUUUUUUUGACAACACUAUCAGCACUAAGUAGCUUGGCUACAAUGUUCAGUUGCCAUCUACUGUAUAUAUUUGUGAACUGUUCACAAAGAUGCUGACAGUUUUUCAAGUUAAGGUUAUUCAUGCUUGCAAAUUGCGACAAUGAUCCUGAAAAUAUUUAUUUUGAGAAUUAGAAAUCAAAAUUCUUGAAUCAGUUAUUAAAUAUGUAUGUAGUGUGCAUUAUGGAAGAUCAUCAUGUAUAAGAUUUCUCAAAAAGAAUUUAUUUGAAUUAAUAUAUGAGUGGCAAUACUUCAGUUUUAUAUCAUAAUUUGGUGAAGGAUUUGUCAGUGACUAUUAUUUAUGAGCUGUAAAGUGCUUGCUCUUGACAUUUUCAUGAAGACAAGUGGCCUAUGCUAAUUAUGGAAUCUGCAAUUGACAAGUAUAAUUUGUACAUAGCCUGCAUUGAUUAUUUUGACAGACAUUUUAAAUCUGUAAAAAAAAAUCUUAUAAUGCCUUGUAAAUUAUUCAAAAAGUUUUUAGACUUGUGUAAAUUUGUAUUUCUUGUAUCACUCCAUAAGUAUAAGAAAUUGCUUCAUUAUUGUUUUAACUGUAAAAAAAAAUAAUCUUGUGUGCCUUUCUAUUUUAUGCUAGGGUUAAUUUCUCUUUUCACACCGAUGAUUAUAUACAUUUGUUUUGUUUUGUUAUUAAUGAAAUGACAUGAUUUUCCAACAAGAUAUUGCUACAUUAUUUUAGUGGAUCUGUUAAUGGCAUAAGCUGUUAACCAGUCUCUUGUGAGAGACACACACCUUGAAUCUCCAUCUAUUUCAACAAAAGGGUCGGAAGGGUAGACUAGUGGUUAAAGCAUUCAUUUGUCAAGGCUUAUGUUCAUUUCCCCACAUGGGUACAUUGUGUGAAAUCCGUUUCUGGUGUUCCCCCCACGAUAUUGCUGGAAUAUUGCUAAAAGCAGCGUAAAACCAAACUUGUUUUUUCAAGGAACCUAGUCCUGUUUUAUUUUAAGUUUCAACUUGCAACAUACAACAGUCAUAACAUUCUUCACUGCUUAAAGUAAACUGUAUUUUUACUCUUUGAUUGUAAUGUGGAAAAGAUGAUGUAUAGUUUAUGGUACGGUUUACUUCAGGGAGAGCUCAUCAAUGAUUAAGCUGGCAUUUAGGUACCAAUCUGUUUGUAGCAGCACUGUAGAUUUACCCCACCAGCAUUAUUACUUCAUGGGUAACCUGGUCGACUAAGGCGCCACACAUCACAGUGCAGAGUUGUGGCCCUUUGGUGUGCCAAAACCUGUGAUUGUAAUCCCUGGUUAAGUCUGAUCAUCAGCAUCCAACCUAAGGGUGUAGGUUUCUCCAUAGUGGUAAACGUCAAAGACCUGCAUCACUUAGGGUUUUCCUCCCACAACAAACUGAUAGAACUUUAAUAAUGUUUAGAAUGGGAUGAUUAAAGCCAACCAACUCGCUCACUUACAUAUUACGUAUUAAUUCAUGAAUCAUCACUGAAGACCAACUGAAUCAGUUUAAGAGCUUUGAAUCAAUUUAAAAAUUGGACUACAUGUCCAAAUGUAUGAUUUUAUGGAUAUUUACAAUGUAGUUUUUGGGAGCAUCAUUUCUUUGACUCAGUUGAUUUGCAAGUUAUGAAGUGGCAUGGAUAUCUGACACACUCGCUUGACUUGCACUCAAAUGAUGUGUGAUUGACCUGAUGAAAUCUACAGCAUAGUUACAACCAACACUGACAGUCAUCAUAAAUUUAAUGUAGGUUUAUUGGGCCCCGAUUGUUAUGUCCUGAUUAUGACUGCUCCCUUACCCUUUGUUUUGAUUCUCUGUACUUAAAUUGACUUGUUUUUCUUCCACUUGUAGACAGUUUCGAUCUUUGUCCACAUUUAAACCCAUGUACUAGUAUCAGUUUCUGUAUCAAAAAUGGCCUUGUUCAUCAGCUUCAGAUUUCACAGUAUUACAUUAAAGUUUCAAUCUCAGGCCUACAAAGCCUGCAAUAUCAUGACUUCCAUCAAUUUCAGCACAAGACCGAAUUUGGUGAUAUAGGGCAUUAAGCAGUGACUUCAUUGACACUGGGGAAUAUUCUUAUGUAAGUUUUGUCCAAUACCAGGUGCCUCACCUAUACUACAUGUGGCCAGUUGUCAUGUCUGAAGGUGAGGUUCCUCCCAGAAAUAAACCAUCAUGUGUUUUAUGCUUUUCAUUGGUUAUUGUUAAUUUUAAACUUUUCAGCCAAUCAUUCAGUUCAUUAAACUUUCACUUCUCAUAAA